UGCGUGGUGGUGGUGCAGGACCUGUGGAGACUUGCAUCAGCCAGGAGGGGCCACUGAGCCGGCCGACCGGUUUGCCCGCGAGGUUUGGAGGAGAGAAAACCCAACAGUACGGACACAAUAUGCGAGGACGCCCACUAGGCUACAUGAUAUUUAAAUGAUAAAACACCCCCUCCCCCUCUGAGCAGGCGCCCUGCUGAGUGAAAAGUUCACUUUACAGGAGUGAGCAGUUUGUGGAGUCGAUAGGAGGUCGCCUGUGCGCUGUGGUCGGUGUAUGGAGCAACAACAGGACAGCGUCCAGCUUACCGGGAAGGUGUUUCUGUGUGAAUGUACACGCGGAGCAAAGUGCAAGGUCCCCUCAGAGCACUGAUAGGAGCUGCGAGCAGCUCCAGACACGGCUCCUCUCUCCCCCCUCUCCUGUUAACUUAAAUGAGCCUUUUUGCACUUUUGUUUUUAAUAAGCUAGCUUCAUUUACACCGAAGAUGUCGUGCUUGUUGCUGGGCGUCAUACGAAGGCGGGGUGGUGUUGGGGCGAGUGUCGGGGUUCGGUCCCUGGCCACCAUCCCCUCGCUGCCCCCGGCCGUCGCUGACUUUGUGAAGAGAGCGGCGGAUGAGUGUAAACCCACCGGUGUGCAUGUGGUGACAGGGACGCCGGAGGAAACGGCCAACAUUCUGGCAGGACUGGAGAAAGAAGGGAUGGUCAAGAAGCUUCCCAAAUAUGAGAACUGCUGGUUGGCUCGUACAGACCCAAAGGACGUGGCUCGAGUAGAAAGCAAGACUGUGAUUGUGACCAAGAACCAGAGGGACACUGUGCCCAUCCCCUCUGGAGGGGCGAAGAGCCAGCUGGGCAGCUGGAUGAGUGAGUCUGACUGGCAGAAAGCCAGAGAAGCGCGUUUCCCCGGCUGCAUGGCAGGUCGAACCAUGUAUGUGAUUCCCUUCAGUAUGGGUCCUGUAGGCUCGACUCUGAGUAAAUAUGGUGUCCAGGUGACAGACUCUCCAUACGUUGUGGCCAGCAUGGGGAUCAUGACACGCAUGGGCACUCCUGUCCUGAAGAAACUGGCUGAAGGAGUGGACUUUGUCCGCUGUCAGCACUCUUUGGGCCGACCUUUACCACUCAAAGCCCCUCUGGUCAACUCGUGGCCCUGUAACCCAGAGAAGGUGCUGAUCUCUCACCUACCAGACAUCAGGCAGAUCAUGUCCUUCGGCAGUGGCUAUGGAGGAAACUCUCUCCUUGGGAAGAAGUGCUUUGCCCUCCGCAUCGCCUCGCGCAUCGCCAAGGACGAAGGCUGGCUGGCCGAACACAUGCUGAUCCUGGGUAUUACCAACCCUCAGGGGGUGAAGCGUUACGUAGCGGCGGCCUUCCCCAGUGCCUGUGGUAAAACCAACUUGGCUAUGAUGAAACCAACUCUGCCAGGUUGGAAGGUCGAGUGUGUGGGCGACGACAUUGCGUGGAUGAAGUUCGACAGCCAAGGUAAACUGAGAGCCAUCAACCCAGAGAACGGUUUCUUCGGCGUGGCUCCCGGCACCUCAGACAAGACCAACCCCUACGCCAUGGCCACCAUUGCCAAAAACACAGUGUUCACCAACGUUGGCGAGACCAGCGAUGGAGGAGUGUGGUGGGAGGGCCUUGACCCCCCUGCAGCUGGGGUCACACUCACAGACUGGCACGGCAAAACCUGGAAGCAAGGAAGCUCGACUCCAUGUGCCCACCCCAAUUCCCGUUUUUGUGCCCCGGCGGCUCAGUGUCCGAUCAUUGACCCCCAGUGGGAGAGUGAGGAGGGCGUCCCCAUCGACGCCAUUAUCUUCGGUGGCAGGAGGCCGGAAGGAGUCCCUCUGGUCUACGAGUCUUUCAACUGGAAACACGGAGUCUUUGUUGGAGCCGCCAUGAGGUCUGAGGCCACAGCAGCUGCUGAGCAUAAAGGCAAGGUGAUUAUGCACGACCCCUUUGCCAUGCGGCCCUUCUUUGGUUACAACUUCGGAGACUACCUCGCUCACUGGCUGAGCAUGGAGAGCCGAAAGGCCCCAACUCAUCUUCCCAAGAUCUUCCACGUGAACUGGUUCAGAAAGGACUCCGCGACCGGCUCCUUCCUCUGGCCCGGCUUCGGCGAAAACGCCCGCGUACUGGAGUGGAUCUUCAAGCGCUGCAGCAGGGAGAGGGAGGACGAGGCGGCCAAGAAGAGCAUUAUCGGCUGGCUGCCAGAAGAUGGCGCCAUCGACACUGAAGGUCUGGGCAGCAAGGUGGAUAUGGGCGCCCUGUUCGAUGUGCCUGCUCCUUUCUGGCAGAAGGAGACGAAGGAGCUGAGAGCCUACUUCACUCAGCAGGUUGGAGCUGAUCUGCCAGCUCAGGUGGAGGCUGAGCUGAAGGCACUGGAGGACAGAGUGCACAAUUAAAACCCCACUGACAGGAAGUUCAUCCAGAAACAGGGAGCUAGUCACUGAGACAGGAUUCAGAUCAUUAGGGUGCAAGCAGAGUCACUGGCUGGGUUUACAUACUCAGAGAAUUUAGUUAGCUAAAAACUGAGACUGGGUUGGUCGAGAUGCCUGGCUGACAGCAACAAUAGGAUAUGACUUAGUUUGAGAUAUUAAUAGUACUUGCUGCUCAGUCAAAGGUGGUUUAAGGCAGCCACAUUUUAACUCUCUUUAAGCCUCUUUGUUGUUAGACCAUGUUAUAUGUUGAGAAUUCAGCAACCUAAAGCCAGGCCAGUAGAUUAACUUUUCUCUGAGCAUGAAAACACAGUCAGCAACUCUUGGCUUUCUCUUUUUAUGGACAGAAAUCUGUAAGAAAUUAAAUUUCAGAUACAGAAUUGGGGGAGAAACUAAUAAUCUACAAUGCAAUACCAACCUAUUGGACAUGACUUCACUCUUAUGCUGCACCAGUGAGGGACUAAUGCUGGGAUGGAUGUAGGAGGGAGGUUAGAUUUCUGUGAAGUUGUCAAACUUGUCAUGUAGGGAAGCUAAUGUCACUACCUCCGUUCACUCAAAUAACCUGGCGUGGUACUAAAUCUACAUGGCCCUGUUGUGCCUUUGAGAUAACAAUACAGUGUGUAGGCUGCUAAUGUUUACAAGCUAAAGCCCAAAGAUCUGACGGUGAUAAAGUUUCAACAUUAUUUAAUAAAGCUUUUAUGUGAAUUUCAGCACCAGCUAUUUUAAUACACUAUCGACAGUCUCAUGAAAUGACUUAUUUUAAAGUAAGUUUGAAAUAAAAAAAUAUUCAUCAGAAGUCCAUUAUCUACACAAAAUAUCGUAGCAUAUUUCCAGUGGGGCUGAGGAUUACUAUGAAUAAUUCAUCUAGCCUCUUUGUUAAUGUUUGUAAUUGAAUUGUUUGAUUUAAUAUGAUGUUUACACACUAUGUGAAAUGUUGGACCAAUAAAUGCGACUGAGAUUAAAAGGAAUUUUAAGAUGUAUGCCAAGGUUUUUAUUACAGAGCAAUGAAUAAAUCUUCAGAUGCAGA